UCGACAUACUGAACACUGGAUACCUUCAAGUCGAACGAGUGUUACCGUUGCGGCAGCUGAGGCAGAAAAGAUGGGAAGGAUUUCAACGGUGUAUGUUGUGUCUUAGGAUAAUAUUUUUUUUUCGUACGGACCCGUGGCUGGACAUAACAAUAAUAAUCUGAGGUGGAACGAUGGGACAAAGACGAGGAAUACACUACUGGUGGGCGACCUUCUGUGUUUGUGUGACGCUGUGCUGCGUGGUGCCGGUUUCAGCUCAGAUCAAAUAUUCCGUUCCAGAGCAAGUCAAAGUGGGAUCUAUUGUUGGAAAUGUCGCCAAGGAUCUAGGAUUGGACAUCAGCUCUUUGGAGGACAGACGGUUUCGUAUUGUCUCGGGUACUGAAGAUUCUCAGUUUGAUGUCAAUCAGAACAAUGGCGCGUUGUAUGUGCGUAAAAACAUCGACCGGGAGGAGCUCUGUGAAAGCGCCUCGUCGUGUUUAAUAAACCUGAAAAUGGUGGCUGAGGAUCCGAUGGAAAUACAUUAUGUGGCAGUAGAAAUUAUUGAUGUAAAUGAUCACUCACCCAAUUUUGAGGAGGAAGAGCACGUAUUAGAAAUUGCCGAGUCCACUCUGUCAGGGCAACGCUUCCAGUUACCAACUGCUCGCGAUCCAGAUGUUGGCACUAAUACAGUGCGUGUGUAUAAAUUAAGUCAUAACGAAUAUUUUAGCAUACAAAUUCGAGAGAGAGGAGAAGACAAGAUACCUUUCUUGGUUUUACAAAAAUCUCUAGAUAGGGAAAAGCAUCAUGAGCACAAACUGAUUCUGACAGCAGUUGACGGAGGGAAUCCACCGAGAUCAGGGACUCUCAAUGUCACAGUCAUAGUCCUCGAUUCAAAUGAUAAUCAUCCUAUAUUUAGCCAAGAAGUGUAUACAGUGACAGUUCCUGAAAAUGUCAAUCCUGAAACACGUGUGAUAACAGUUAAGGCAACUGAUCUGGAUGAAGGUGCAAAUGGAGAAAUUGAAUAUGUUUUCGGUGGUAAAAUUGACCCUAAAACAUAUGACAUGUUUAUGUUAGAUAAAGACACUGGUGAAAUUCGAGUAAAAGGUGAAAUUGACUUUGAGAUGGUUGACGUCUAUAAGUUAGAUGUCCAUGCCACUGACAGAGGACAACCUCCGAUGAGUACUGACUGCAGAGUUAUUAUCAAAGUUAUCGAUGAAAAUGACAACACACCUGAAAUAGAGGUGACGUCUCUGUCAAAGAUGGUGUCUGAAGACUCAAAACCUGGGACUGUCGUUUCUCUCAUUAGCGUCACAGACAGAGACGCCGGUUUAAACGGCAAAGUAACAUGUAGUCUUUCAGAUAAUGUGCCAUUCGAAUUAAAACCGUCUUUUCAAGAUAAUAUGUACUCGUUAGUUUUGAAACAUCGUUUGGAUCGAGAAUCAGUUUCACAUUAUGAUUUAGAAAUAACAGCUACGGACUUUGGGCAGCCUCCCCUUUCUACAUUCAAAACUCUGAGUAUUGAUGUGUCAGACGUGAAUGACAACAACCCAGAGUUUUUGUAUAAUCCAGUCGAACUUUACCUGGUAGAAAAUAAUGUCCCAGGUAGAAUAAUAUUUUCUGUGACAGCUUCGGAUAAAGACUUGGAUGAAAAUGCGGCUUUAACUUAUCAUAUUGUUAGAGAGGAAGGUAGUCAAGUUAAAAAUGCAGCAUUUUUAAGCAUCAAUUCAGAUAAUGGACAAAUAUCCGCGCAAAAAAGUUUCGACUUUGAGACACUGAAAACGUUCCACUUCCACGUUGUUGCGUCAGAUUCCGGAACUCCGUCACUGAGCAGCAACGUCACAGUGAACGUGUUCAUUCUGGAUCAGAACGACAACGCUCCAGUCAUCCUGUAUCCAGUCAGCUCCAACGGUUCUGCUGAAGGUGUGGAGGAGAUUCCCCGCAACGUGAACGCAGGACACUUGGUGACUAAAGUCAGAGCCUAUGACGCUGAUAUAGGAUAUAACGGCUGGUUACUGUUCUCACUGCAGGAAGUGACUGACCACAGUCUCUUUGGUUUGGACCGCUACACAGGACAGAUCAGAACACUUCGCUCAUUCACAGAGACAGACGAGGCUGAGCACAAACUGAUCAUACUGGUGAAAGACAACGGGAACGUUUCUCUCUCAGCAACAGCUACUGUGAUUGUCAAACUCGUGGAGCCCAAAGAGGCUUUUGCAGCUUCUGAUGUUAAGAGUUCAACAAAAGCAGAUGAAGACAACAAUGUGACUUUUUACCUGAUGAUAACUUUGGGCUCAGUUUCAGCACUUUUUCUCAUCAGCAUCGUCGUGUUGAUUUCAAUGCAGUGCUCAAAAUCAUCCCCAGACUAUACUUCUAAAUAUCUGCAAGAGACUAAUUAUGAUGGGACACUGUGUCACAGCAUCCAGUACAGAUCUGGAGACAAACGCUACAUGUUAGUUGGACCCAGGAUGAGUAUAGGAUCUACUAUAGUCCCAGGAAGUCAUGCGAACACUCUGAUGCUCCCUGACAGGAGGAGGGGAUCUGGAGAGGUAAGACCAUGCUUUGAUUUCAGCCCUGCCCAUCCCUGGAUCAUCUCAGAUGAAGGGGACAUGCUUAGCGAGUACACGUCGUAG